ACAAUGAGGCGUACCAGAAGUCUCCCUGUUUAAUCCUUAAGCAUCCACCUGUGUUAUGCCAUGGAGAAGCUUUGUUUUUUCACAAGUUCUGGGAAAUCACUGUAAGUUGUACGUUGAUGAAGACAAACAAGUAAACAGCCCUCAACUUUACUUUCACGCCUGACUCAUCAUUCAACGCUUUCAGUGCUUACGGCAUAUGUUUAGCUAUCUGUCACUUCGUGUACCAGAACCACGCACGCAGGGGACAGAAUAGUGAAAAAACAGCAUCACACCAGGGAUAAUACAGCAAGUCUGGAUAGCAGAGACCGCUAACGCUCAUUAGUCUUCCUGCCUUGUUUAGUUGUACCUUGCAUGCCGAAUAGUCAUCAUGGACAAUAAGCCAGAUACAGAAGAUCAACAGAAGACUAGCUCUCCAAGAACAUCUGUGAAGUCAUAUGUGACCAGAUCUGUUGCUAGUUCUUCUAACAGCUCCUGCAAGUCUUCUGCAAGCCUAGCAGCUGCUAAAGCACGUGCAAGAGCUGAAGCAGUGCGUGCUCGCUCCACCUUUGUCAAAAAAGAAACUGAACUCAUGGUGGAAAAAGCCCAGUUGAGAGUAGAAGAGGCACGCAUGGAGGCUGCUCUGGCCACACUGAAGCAAGAGAAAGAAGUUGCAGCGGCUUUAGCUGAGGCGGAGGUUUUGGAAUCAGCCAUAGCAGAACUCGGCUCUAAACAAGAUCUCAGGGCAGCGGACAUCAUAGGAAUUCCCCCUGACUCCACAGAAAAAAGAACAAAUGAUUAUGUUGAGUGUCACUCAAGAAUGCACUCUAGUCAGCUGUCGUUGCCCGGCCUUGAGUCCCAUAUCACCUCCAGUCGGCCACGCGAUUUCUCUCAUGCGCCACCACUCCAGGACAACGAACUGAAUCCCAUUCGUACAGCCAUUGAUGGACUGAGCUCCACUCCAGCUCGUGUCAAGAGCCAUACUACCUUUGAAGAAAAUGGUAUGAAGCAUCCAUCUGCUCAGAAUUACCCUGGGAUUUAUCCAUGUAGUGUCACCCCCUGCAGGAACCUCAACCACACACACAUCCUCUUAGAAUGCAAGCAGCGCAGCCCUCUGCUCUGA